AUGAGAGUGCUUCCGGCUCUCGCUGCAGCAGCAGAUAGAGAGGAAGCCGAAGCAGCAGCUGCAGCAGCAGCAGCAGCUGCUGCUGCUGCUGAGACAGAUGCUGCUGCAGCAGCUGCAGCAGCAGAGAAGCAAGAACGAUUGGAUGACUCUCGUAAAGCCUUUGAUGUUAUCACAGAUGUCUGCACUGCUCUCCUUGCUACAGGGAGAAUUAGGCGGGUAAAUGCAGCAAAAGAAGUAAUUGACGAUGUUUGGAUUGACUGGCGAUCUGCUGAGUGGAGAGAUGAAGAAAAUAAAGAUAAAGAUAAAGAUAAAGAUAAAGAUAAAGAUAAAGAUAAAGAUAAUCAGGCUAAAGAAGAAACAGACAAACACUUGGAAGAAGAAGAAGAUGAUGAUGAUGAUGAUGAGGACGAUGAAGAAGAAGAGACGUUCGGAAGAAGAAGAAGAAAAAGAAAUAAACACAGAGAAGAAGAAGAUGAAGAUGAAGAUGAAGACGAUGAUAAUGAUGAUGAUGACGAUGAUGAUUAG